GGGAGAGCGGAUAUAGGGAAUGCGGGGUCCGGGGAGAGCGGAUAUAGUGAAUGCGGGGUCCGGGGAGAGCGGAUAUAGUGAAUGCGGGGUCCGGGGAAAGCGGAUAUACGGGGUCAGCGGAUAUAGUGAAUGCGGGGUCCGGGGAGAGCGGAUAUAGUGAAUGCGGGGUCCGGGGAGAGCGGAUAUAGUGAAUGCGGGGUCCGGGGAGAGCGGAUAUAGUGAAUGCGGGGUCCGGGGAGAGCGGAUAUAGUGAAUGCGGGGUCCGGGGGGAGAGCGGAUAUAGUGAAUGCGGGGUCCGGGGGAGAGCGGAUAUAGUGAAUGCGGGGUCCGGGGAGAGCGGAUAUAGUGAAUGCGGGGUCCGGGGAGAGCGGAUAUAGUGAAUGCGGGGUCCGGGGAGAGCAGAUAUAGUGAAUGCGGGGAUCAGGGGGGCUGGAUAUAGUGAAU